AUGGUAGAAGGAAAGGCAUUGGCAGGCUGUUUACCAUUUGUCGCUGUAUUAAUUGUUGGAAAUAUACUCUGGUACAUUGACAUGGCAGAAUCCAUGUGCCAGAAAUGUGUUUUGGAAGCGUUUCUGUUGGAUCUGGCAAAGUGGGGAGAUGUAUCACUUGAAGUCAUUGUUUCAUUUGACGAUGAGAUGGAUAGCAUCAGAAGUCUAGUUAGUUUUGCCACUUUUGACCCGAAAGUGAAGGGUGGGUUAAGAUGGCGCUUUGGGAAGGAGUCUUCUGGAGACCGCUACACUGUUGUUGGGGUUUGGCAUAUAAAAGCUAAAGCAUAUAGAGGUUCAUCAAUUAGGCUUAAGAUCCGAGAUGCAGAUAGAUUUGACUUCCUGUCUUCAGCUGGUGAAGUUACAUGCGAGGUCACUGUGAAAAUGACUUCAAUAGUAUCACACUUGCUGGUCAAUUUUUGUGUGGUAGUUGAUUCUGUAAUCUGCUUGUGUAGAUGA